AUGGUUGAAUUAAAUGAAAUAUCGAAAUAUAUUCAAAGAAUUGAAUUUAUGUGUCAAAUUAAAUCUGACAAAUUAUUAGAAAAUCUUAUUCAAUCUCAAGAUAAUUAUCUAUAUAAUCAUCGAAAUUAUUAUCUUUUAUUAAAUAAUUGUCGAACAUUUUUUGAAUAUCUUAUUGAUGAAAUAGUUCAAUAUCAUAAUUGA